AUGUAUGUGCUUUUUAAAGAUCAUUUAAAAGAAGAAGGUGAACAAAAUGUUAAGUUAGAAAUUUGUAAUGGGCAAAAUAAUUCAUCUUCGGAAAAUGAAAAUACGUUGUCGUCGAAAUAUUUUAGGAAGGAAAAUAGAAGAUUUAAACAGAACAUAAAUAUAUUAGAUAAACAUAUAAUUUUAGCAGAUAACUUCGGAGAUGCUCCUGAAGAGAAGUUUGAAUUACCAGAUAAUAAACAAAAUGAGCUGGAAAUAUUAAGAAAAAGGAAAAAUAUUGAGCCGACUGGUAUUGUGAUUGCUUGUUGUCUAGGGACCGAUUUCCGUUUUUCAGCAUUAAUAAAAGAUUUUAAAACACAUAACAUAAAUAGUGACCUUAUAAAAAUCAAAAAAGUAUAUAGCGAAGUAAUAUUCUGCUCAGCAUUUGAACAGAAGAAGAUUUUUUUUUUGUUUCGUUUUGGAUGCAUUGUUCUAUGGGAUUUCAAUGUAAAAGAAAAGGAGAUAUUGUUUAUGAAUUUAAAAGAUUAUUUAAGUGAAGCGCAUACCGAAAAUAAUGAGCUUGAUAGUAUGUUUUAUAUUAUGAAUGUUCAAAGCGAAUUGAGUGACAAUAAAAGUGUUAAAGCAGCAGAUACAACAUCGUUUAAAAUAAAAAACGAUGUAAUAUAUAUAUACACCAAGGAUAUAUUUGAAAAGUUGAGUUAUUCUUAUGCUUUUGCACAAAGUGUAAAACUGUCUUAUUUUGAAAAUGUUGUUGAUGAUACUAUAGAAAAAACGAAAAGCAUACCAGAGUGCUUGGCACGAACAGGAAAAAUUCAGCUUAAAAAAAAUGAUAUCAGCAAAAAAAUAGGUGAAUUAUUUGUAAACAGAUUUUAUAUAAAUAUGAACACAGAUAUGUUGGAUACACCAGAAAUAUUUUGGGAUCAUGAUGACUUUACGGAUACGUAUGAAUAUUUUAGAAAAUAUUUGGACAUAUCAAAGAGGGUUGAAAUAUUAAACCAUAGAUUGGAUAUCAUCAAGGAUCUGUAUGACAUGUUGCAGAACGAAUUAACUAUACAACAUGGUUAUAAACUUGAGUGGAUAGUUAUUUAUUUAAUAUGCAUAGAAGUAAUAAUAGAUAUUGUAUGGACAAUUAUUAUUAAGGGUGUUUUUAAAUGGGGUUAA